CCUAAAGUAUAGCUAUGGCGGAACCUGGAGGAUUCGAUGUAUGCUUUGUCGAGCCUCUUAGUGAUCAACACACGUGCCCUAUCUGUCAGCUUGCUCUUUGCAAUCCCAAGCUGACAGACUGCGGUCACCAAUUCUGCGAAGGUUGCCUGAGACCCCUUAGUCGAAACAAUAAAGUAAUCUGCCCUUUAUGCAAACGGCAGCUGAAAUUGAACGAGAUCUAUCCAAACAACUUGGCGAAGCGCGAAAUUUUGAGUCUGAAGAUACUUUGCGACCAACACAGAGUCGGCUGUCCGUGGAGAGGCGAGUUGAGAGAUCGAGAAACUCACAGAACCACUUGUGUCUACAUGGAGGAACUUUGUGUUAACCAAUGUGGCGAGAAUGUGUUGAAAAAAGACAUGGAGACACACAAGCAGGUUGAGUGUCCCAAAAGAGUUGUCUUUUGUGUAUAUUGCAGGGAACUGAUGGCAUAUGUUGAUCUACUAACUCAUCUUGACGAAUGUGAUGCUUUGCCGGUACCCUGUAUUUAUCAAUGUGGAGCGACGGUGAUUAGAAGUGAAAUGACUGUGCAUACAGGAAUACGUGGUUCGUGUACAAAGAGCCUUCUACCUUGUGAGUUUAAGCAUGUGGGUUGCCAUUUUGAGGGAAACAGAGGAACGCUGGUAAUGCAUCUUAAUGAUGCUACUGUUAGUCAUCUCAACAUGAUAGCAAGUUCGUUUCAGUCGAGGCUACAAACCGUUGAGCAAAAGUUGAUUGAAACGGAGAAGAAACUGAUCGAGAGCGAAAGAGAACGCGCAGAACUAAAACAAAGGCUAGCUGUAAUAGAGAGAGAUUAUUUCUAUUAGAGAUACUAGAGCUUAGCUAAUUUUGAUGAGCCAUAAUGUAAACUGAAAGGUGCACGUAGCUGCUUGUAUUGGAAACAAAGUAGCAUGAGUAAAUGCCACCUAUUAUCAAGUACAUGUCUACAAUUAAUUUCUAUGAAUAUGUUUACCACAUUACCUUUGUGUAUACUAUAGAAGUCAAGCUAGUUUAGUAGAUAUCAUUGCCAUGGCUGCGCACAUGACCAUUUUCUAUUAUUUUAUGGUGUGUUGUUAUGAAGU